AUGUUGUUGGUACUUAUUCUUUUGGCGACCAUCUUGGGUCUGAGGGCACAUGCAAAGCCGACAUCUGCAUCAUCGACACAUACUCAUGCACCGACAACGUCUGCUUACGCAUCACCUGCGUCUACUCAGGGUGUCACGUGCGUUGUCAAACCAGCAUCGAGUGGAAAGGAUUCCUCAGCAAAUAUCCUGAAGGCUUUCGAGAGUUGUGGACAGGCCAAAGCCGGACUUCGCAACCGCAUCGUGUUUCAGAACACCACAUACACCAUUGGUAGCGUAUUGGAAACGACUGGCUUGAAGAAUGUCGACAUCGAGUUGCAUGGAACACUCUCCUGGGACAACUCGAAUAUCAGUUACUGGCUGAACAACUCGUUGCCUGUUGGUUACCAGAACCAAAGCACUGCUUGGAGACUCGGCGGAGAUAGUAUCACAUUCCAAGGAUAUGGCUCUGGUACCUUCAAUGGCAAUGGUGAUGUCUGGUAUCGAUUCGUCAAUGGAAGGUCGAAUUACCCUAGGCGGCCGCACCAAUUGACCAUCACCGAGACCACGAAUUCGACCUUUGAAGGCUUGCUAUUCCUCCAGAGUCAGAUGUGGACGAUGACAGUGAUCCACUCGGCGGACGUUCUCCUGCAGGACAUUUAUGUCAACAACACUUCCAAGACUGGCGUAAGUCAUACAUUCUCACCACGUAACACUGCACCAACUGUGAAUACUGAUGGUUGUGACACUAUUUACGCCAACAACAUCACCUUCCGCAGGUGGACUGUAGACAAUGGCGACGAUGCGAUCUCACCAAAAGCAAACUCAACCAACAUCCUGAUCGAAGACAGCCAGUUCUACAGAGGGUCUGGUAUCGCUCUUGGAAGCAUUGGUCAGAUGGAUGGCCAGUUCGAAACGAUAGAAAACGUGACUUGUCGCAAUAUCACGUCUCACAAUACGAAGAAUGGUGCCUACAUCAAGACAUGGACCGGAGUUGCCAAAGGUCUUCCUCCAAACGGAGGUGGUGGUGGCUUGGGUUAUGCGCAGAACCUCACCUUUGAGAACUUCACCCUGUUCAACGUCCAGAAGGCAUUCACGAUCACCCAGUGCACAAACUUCGAGGGCAAUCAGGGCGAUUGUGAUACAUCAAAGUUCAACAUCCGCGAUGUGUUCUUGAGUAAUUUCUCAGGCACCAUCCGUGGAGACGUUGUCACAACAAUGCAGUGCAGUGCAGCAGCACCUUGCCGAGACAUUCAGUUGUCGAACGUGGUCGUGCAAAACAGCUUGAACAACACAACGCCAAGACAAUAUCAAUGCGAUAGUGUCAAGCAAACAGUAGGAUUCAAUUGCACAGGUCCUCCAGAUUCCGAGGACAACGCCUUCAAGAGGCGAAAACGUUCAGAGUGGACAAUGCUUUGA